AUGGAUAAGAUUCGCGAGAAAAUUGCCAGUAUCCGUGCUGAAGCAGAUGCUGCUAAUGCCAAGGUGGAAGAAUUGGAGGCCAAGCUCAAGGAGAUUGAGCAAGAUCAUACUCAACAAGAGCGUGAAAUUGUUUCUUUGAACAACAAGAACAGGCAACUCGAAGAGGAUUUAGAAACUGCUCAUGAGACCAUCAAGGACUUGAAGGGUAAUGAAGCAGAAGACAAUGACUACAAAAAGGAACACGAGAAUUCUAUGCGUAAAAUUGCAUUACUUGAAGAGGAAUUGGAAGAAUCAGAUAAGGCACUCAAGGAAACGACUACAAAUUUCCGUGAAGCUGAUGUCAAGGCUGAACAGCUUGAAAAGAAGGUUGAACAACUGACCAUCAAGCUUGCUGAUGAAGAAAAGAAGAAUGAGGAUCUUGUAGAAAAGAACAAGGAGUUGAAUGAACAGUUGGAAGAGAUCAACAAGCAAUUGGACGACAUGUAA